UCUCCGCUGCCGAGGAGACCGUCACUGCCGUACGAGCAGGGCUCUGGAAACUUCUCAUAGUCCAUAUUCAGGAUACUUCACUGGGAGGUUUUGGGUUUAGGCGUUUUUGAAGAUGGAUUUUCGUUCGAAUUCUUUAUUGGUAGAAUUUCGACGUGCUGUGAGAAAACUACAGCAGCUUUUUGCAGCUGAAAUGUAAACAGCUGUUUUCCCUAAAGGACAACAGCAAGAGGUCAAGAGGUGGCAGACUUGGACACGUGGUGGAGAUGCAGGCAGUUUGGGUUCUGCUUGUCUUGGUAGAGGAAGGUUUUGCGUUGGCUCAGAAUGCUAAAGCAUUGUCUCAGAAUGUGGCUGAAGCGAACAGGCGGUCUCACUGUGGAACAUGGACACGUGAGAGUAACGGAGGAACAUUCAGCUCCCCAAACUACCCCAACACGUACCCACCUAACAAGGAGUGUGUGUACGUACUUGAGGCAUUGCCACGGAAGAGAAUCGAGUUGGUGUUUGAUGAGAACUAUUAUAUCGAGCCGUCCUUCGAGUGUCGAUUUGACAACAUUGAGAUCCGCGAUGGACCAUUUGGUUUCUCUCCCCUGAUAAAUCGCUUCUGCGGAUCUCGGAGUCCAGGAGUGGUCACCUCCACAGGGCGUUUCAUGUGGAUCAAAUUCACCAGUGAUGAGGAGCUGGAGGGACUAGGCUUUCGAGUGGAUUACACAUUUCCUAUAGAUCCCGACUUCCAUCUCCAUGUUGGAGGACUGUUAAAUCCCAUUCCAGAUUGCCAGUUUGAGCUGACUGGACCAGAUGGCUUGAUCAGAUCCAGUCAGGUGGAAGAGGAGAAUAAAGUGAAAUCUGAUGAAGCUGUGGACUGCAUAUGGACCAUCCGAGCUCCACCUAACAACAGGAUCUACCUUCGUUUCCUGGAGUACCAGUUAGAGAAUUCCAACGAGUGUAAGAAGAACUUUGUUGCGGUGUACGAUGGCAGCAAUGCAAUUGAGGACCUGAAGGCCAAGUUCUGCAGCACUGUUGCUAAUGACCUCACGCUUGAAAACGACGUGGGGGUGGUCAGAAUGUGGGCUGACGAGUCAAGCAGACUGAGUAGAUUCCGCAUGCUCUUCACCUCCUUUGCUGACCCUCCAUGUAUGUCCAACACCUUCUUCUGCGACACCAACAUGUGUAUCAACCAGACACUGGUGUGUAAUGGUAUUCAGAACUGUGUCUUCCCCUGGGAUGAAAACAACUGUAAAGAAACAAAAAGUAAAAGCAUUUUCCAUCAGAUGAGUAAGACUCACAGCACUGUGAUUGCCGUGUCCACUGGUGUCGUUCUUCUUCUUCUUAUCCUGUCUGUGAUGGUGCAGAUGAAACAGCCCAGAAAGAAGGUGUUGGCACGUAAAAACCUGUUCAGUGCUGCGGAGCUGCAGGAGGUGCUGGAGCCUCCUCAUUACGAGCUCUUCUCCCUGCGCGAGCGGGAGGUGCCAGAUGAGCUGGCCAAGCUGUCCGAGGAGCUGGAGAGUUUUCAGAAGCUCCGUCGCUCCUCCUCUGCAUCACGCUGCAUCCAUGAGCAUCACUGCGGUGCCCCUGGCAGCGCAGCCCCUGUCACCAUGGCAGCCAGAGUGCAACACCUGUCCCAGGGCUCAGAUGACCUGCCUGUGGUUCAGGGCGUCCGAGGCUUCAGCAACUUCGCCACCCGGAGGAGCAGCCACGGCCCUCACACACACUCUCUCCCCCACACUGCACACACACACAUGCACACGCACAGCAUGCAGAGCCUGCGGGACGCGCUGGAGGGUGGAGCGUAUGGGCUGGAGGAGCGGGUGAUGGAGGAGAUCGGCUGCAGAGAGGUCUUCAGCCGUGGAGAGGUGUUUGGCCAUGGCGGCAACAUUGCCAUGGCACGUAGCCAUGGCAACCCCGUCCAGCAGCGCUCACUUUCCAUGGACUUUUGAACAGAACCGGCAGACAGCAGAUGCCUGUUUCUGGAGACUAAGAACUCAAGAGCUUCAAACUCACAGGGACCACUGAAAUGGACCUCUGGAAACAGUCAUUCCUUUCAAACUAAGUAUUCUGUGCAUUCUUGAGGAGCGUCGUCCAGUCCCUGUUUUAGUUCUACUCUCAACACCUUUGUGGACUUGAUUAAUUGACCUAUCCAUGC